AGAUUUAUCACCAAGGUAGUAGUUCCCUGCAAUACUGGUAGGUAUUCCCAAGGUAUGACAUGACAAGGUUCAUGGCAGAAAUCAAGAGUAUUGAAAAAGCAUUGGCAAGUGUUGAGGCCAGAAUUAAAGCAGCUUGCCUCAGGAGAUCAUCUGAGUUGAGUAGGUUCAGUGUGAACUUAGUUGCAGUCAGCAAGACAAAACCAGUCUCACAAAUACUGGAGGCUUAUAGGGCAGGCCAGCAGACUUUUGGAGAGAACUACGUUCAGGAGUUGGUGGAUAAGACAAACGAUUCACAGAUUUUGUCCAGUGCACCUGACAUUAAGUGGCACUUCAUUGGCCACCUACAGAGGAACAAAGUGAGUAAGCUAUUGUCUUGCCCUAACUUGAGAGUUGUGGAAACGGUUGACUCAGAGAAGUUGGCAACAGCUUUGGAGAAUGGUUGUGAAAAACUGCAACGAGAAGAUCCUCUUGAAGUGAUGAUUCAAGUCAACACUUCUCAGGAAGAAAGUAAGAGUGGAGUGUCCCCAGAAAAUGUUAUCUCUCUGUAUACAUACAUGAGGAAAAACUGCCCCCACCUGAAAAUCCUUGGACUUAUGACUAUUGGAGCUUAUGACUUCGAUGUAUCUUCUGGUCCAAAUCCAGACUUCAUAAGUUUGAUGAAAUGCAGACAGAAUGUCUGUGACAGCAUGGGGAUUCCCCUUGAUCAAGUUGGUCUUUCCAUGGGGAUGUCAGCUGAUUUUGAGCAUGCUGUGAGUGAUCAGGGAAUCUCAUAUCCACUGGAAAAUGGUAAAAGUGAAAUUAAUUUCCUGUCUAGAUUGAGUUGGGGAGCACCUAUGUACGUGUGGGCUCUACCAUCUUCGGUGCAAGAUAAAAGAAGUUCAUGGGAAGAUCCUAGGAAAGAACUAAGUGCAUAUGUCAGGGAAUCUUCAAGUGGCAGUGAGUCAACAGAUCUUAUGGCAUUCCAUGGCAAGAAGGCAUCAAAGAACUUGGGAAAGGUAACCAUAAGUAGGAUUCACACCAUGAAUCAAGUGAACAAUGACAUGAGAUCUGAGCUAUGGAACCUUGGUUAUACAUUGUUCCCACUCAAGAGGCUUCUAAAUCCUACUUCUGAACCCACCUUGGCAAUCACAAAAGGAGCCAUAGACAAGGGCAGCACAAAGCACCCAAGACAUUCUCAUAUCACUCCAAGGGACAUAACAUUCCCAGCUAGUUCACAAGGACUAGAGUUGCUGAAACAGCACCUUGCAUUCAUUGACUGGAAUCAACACAAGGAAAGGGACAUAAAAUGGCAUCACCUAGGUGGGAGGUAUCAACAAGGUAUCAGCUGCCAAGACCUAAAGCAACAGGAAACUGAACAACUUCAGAUCACAGAAGUUACAAAGACCCCACAAAGCAUAUAUGCCAUUGAAUUUUGGAAGCCAAGUGUGGAACAGGUCCAAAAAACAAUGGAUACCCAAAAUCUGAUUUGGGUUUCACAGAACUGGCAAGUUGGGCAGGACUCUCAUGUCCAGAGGAAAAUGAGCAAGAAACAAGAGCAAGGAAAGAAUAAGAAAGUAAGGCAAGCACUUCCAUAUGAGCAAGUUGCUGAUUGGGGCAAGGUCAUUGCCUAUGGUGCAGAGGAUGUGUUCAACCAUGUUUGUCAGAAGGAGGGGUUCAACAGAGAUCCUGAAUAUUGUAGUCGAGUGGCAGAAUGCAUACAAAGACCCCCAACUGGUGACAAACCAGAGGGAUUCAUGUAUACCCUGCGUCAGUGUGAUAUGGGCCUCAAUUGGGACAUGACUACCUUAUCCUGCAGGCAAGCCAGUCAAGUGGAUUGCUCCAUCCUAGAAGCAGAUAUCAUCAGACACACACAACAUCCAAAAGAGCCAAUAUCAAAAGAGAGCAAUGAGACAUCAGUAAUACCUGGAGUAUCAGCUCAGUUACUGGAGGCUCUCACAUCUCUCAAUCAGAAAGAAAUCCAUAAGCUGCUAGAAGGAAAUGAAGAUGAAAGCUGGAGCUCUGCAAAGAAUUCUACUCACUCCAUGAAGAACCUCACCACUCUAGACAAGCUCAACUCCAUUCUCACUGCCAUCACAAUGAUGGGUCUGGCUAACACUCUGAAGGACAUACCUCUAAAGGCAAUUUCUCUGGCAGACUAUGAUGACAAUGAUUUCUUUGCACAUCCACCUAUAUUAAUGAAUGCAGAUCCAGUCAUUGGAGUUCAUAAUCUACAAGAGUGCUUCACAGAGGACUUAUACCCUGACCCAGACAAUUGUUCCAAGUAUUAUCGAUGCAUAAAGGAUGCAGAUGGGUUGGGAUGGAGAUUCUCCUUUACUUGUCAACAUGGUCUGUACUUUGAUGAACUUCAAAGACAAUGUGUGACUCCUGAGCAGAAGGGAGCAAUCUUUGGAUGUUCAUCAACUCUUGCUGGGAAUCCAACCAAAGUUUAA